GUCGGUAGAGUUGCAUCUGCUCGGCGCGGGCCGCUUCCAACCGGCGUUUCUCCGCUAGGUCGCGGCGGACGGCAUAAGGCAACUCGGCGGUUACGGCUUCGGCCUCAAGCCUGCGCUCCAGCCGUAGCUGCGCCCUUGAGAGGCGAAGCGUCGGACUGCUGUAGCCGAGGCUCUGACCGAGCGGGUCAAGGAUGGUAUUGGUGCGCCAGCCGUAGUUCCAAUCGUCGAGCGCGGGAGCUUUCGGCAGUGGCUGGGGCGGGAUGGCGAGUUUCUUCGCCUCUCGCUGCCAAUACCGCGAUAUUUCGGUGA